AUGUAUGGCUAUGACUAUGGAGAAAAAUUUGAGGAAAGUUGGCGAGCCCUCCUUGUAAACUAUGAAGUUCAAGAAAAUCCUUGGUUGCAAAGAUUGUACAGUAUUAAGGAAAAAUGGGCAUCUUGUUACAUGAAGAAUGCUUUCACAUUGGGGAUGAGAGGCACCCAACUUAGUGAAAGUGUGAAUGCGGAUAUCAAAUUUUUUAUCAAUGUGAACUUAGAUAUUAUAAAGUUUUUUAAGCGUUUUGAGGAUGUGGUAGAAGCAAAGAGAUAUAACGAAUUGAGGUGUGAAUAUGAAGCUCGCCAAAAAAUUCCAAGGCUCAAGAAUUCGUAUUCUUGUAUUUUGCAACAAGUGUCCAACCUUUAUACUCCGGCUAUUUUUGAUAUAUUUCAACAUGAGUAUGAGUUGUUUGAAGCAUAUUUAGUGAAGAGUGCGAAGAGAAAUUCAUCAUCAAUAGAUUAUGUUAUUGACAUGGUGAAGGAUUUAGGAGAGUGGCGAGUGUCCUAUGAUUUGGAUAAGAAGUCAAUUUCUUGUUCUUGUCGUAAGUUUGAGACACAUGGCAUAUUAUGUUGUCAUUGUAUAAGAGUAUUUAUUCUUAUGGAUGUGAAAUUAGUGCCCGAGCAAUAUAUCUUGAAGAGGUGGACAAAGUUUGCAAGAAAUGGUAUUUUUCCUAGUGAUGGUGUUAAUCAUACAGAAGAAGAUGCUCAUCGCACAACAACAGAAUGGUAUGGGGAGAUUUGUCCUCGCCUUAUUCGGAUAGCCACUGAAGCAUGUAGAAGACCAGAAACAAGCAUUUUUCUUAGAAAAGUUGUUGGUUUGUUGGAAAAGCAAAUAGUGGAGUUCCAAAAUAAGGAAGUAAGUACUAGCGAAGUUGAUGGGUUCCUUAGUAAAGUUACUGAGAUUACAAACACCAAAGAUAGUUCAACACAAGCAAAGGAGAUUUCAAACACCAAAGAUAGUUCAACACAAGCAAAGGAGAUUACAAACACCAAAGAUAGUUCAAGACAAGCAAAGGGAUUCAAGAAAAAAGAAGGUAAAAAAGGUUCAAAGCGCAUGAAAGGUCAACUUGGUAAAAGAAAGAAAAAUGGUGACUCAAGUUCUUCACAAAGUCAACAAGUUGCAUAUAAUCAAAAUGUCACGGCAGCUCAAGUGCAAUUCGAGGUUCCAAAUACAAGUACAAUAACAUGGCUAAAUGAUGGAUACAAUCAACAAUCUUUGGGAAGCAAUGACGCUUCAAGACAACUUCGAAUCAAUAGUUUUACAAGUUUAUUGAUGGCAGAAGCUGGUGAGGAUAUCACAACUUUAGACAACCCGUAA